AUGUCAGACUUCACCCCCACGAAUCCCAAACCUUUUCUUGGCGAACUGGUUAAUAAACCCAUAGUAGUCACUCUGAAAUUCAACAAGACACAGUACAAGGGAACUCUGAUAUCUACAGACAACUAUUUCAACCUACAACUAAGUGAAGCUGAAGAAGUUGUAGACGGAAAAAACAAGGGCAAAGUAGGGAACAUCUUUAUUCGUUGUAACAACGUCCUAUGGAUUGGUGAAGAUCUUUCAGCAAAAGAGCAACCCCAGGAAAAACCCACCACAGAUAAUGCACCAGCUACUACCGAAUAG